CGCCUCGUCGCCAUCUGCAGGUGCAGAGUUAGGGCGCGGACUGAACGAAAUAGAGGCAACCGGGGUUUAACUGUGAUUUCGCAAAACUUUGCAUUAUUACCCAACUUUGUGGUUGCUUUGCAGUGGAGGGCUUGCUUUGAUCUUCAAAUCCCCACAUUCACAAGCCUGCCAUUUUCUUCCGUAUGGGUUACUGAUCUUUUGCCCAUCUCUCCACACAAUUCCAUCUUCGCUUGAGUUUAUUUGGAUUUUGAGAAAAAUACAGAGAUGGAGAGUUUUUUGGAGACCCAGAUGAGCGCAGAUGAGCCUCUCUUGGAGAUUGGAUUUGGGAGUUUUGGGUGCUCGCAUUACAGAAGGAGAUGCAGGAUCAGGGCACCUUGUUGUGACGAGAUAUUUGACUGCAGGCAUUGCCAUAACGAAGCCAAGAAUUCACUGGAAGUUGAUCCUCUGAAUAGGCACGACGUUCCUCGGCAUGAGCUGAAAAGGGUCAUCUGCUCGUUGUGUCACACUGAACAAGAUGUUCAGCAGAACUGCGCCCGGUGUGGGGUUUGCAUGGGGAAGUAUUAUUGCUCAAAAUGCAAAUUUUUUGAUGACGAUGUUUCGAAGAACCAAUACCACUGUGAUAAAUGUGGAAUCUGCAGAACUGGAGGCAAAGAGAACUUUUUUCACUGUAAUAAAUGUGGCUGCUGCCAUUCAAAGUUGAUGAAGGAUUCACAUGUUUGUGUGGAAAGAGCAAUGCACCAUAAUUGUCCUGUUUGCUUUGAGUAUCUUUUUGAUUCAACGAAAGACUUGACGGUCCUUCCCUGCGGGCACACCAUACACUUGAAAUGUGUAAAGGAGAUGGAGCAGCAUUGCCAGUACUCAUGCCCCGUUUGCUCCAAGUCAUAUUGCGACAUGUCCCUGGUGUGGCAAAGGCUUGAUCAGGAGGUUGCUUCGACACCCAUGCCAGAAGUAUAUCAAAAUAAGAUGGUCUGGAUCCUCUGCAAUGACUGCGGGGAGACGUCUGAAGUGAACUUUCAUGUCAUCGCACACAAGUGCCUGAAGUGCAGCUCUUACAAUACGAGGCAGACACGAGGAGGCCUGGCUUCUUGCGUGUCGGGAGUGCAGGAGACGGUGAAGUGAUUUUCUUCUGAUUUAAGAGGGAAGAAUUUAUGCUCCAUGGCUAUUCAUGACAAGAAUUAUUAGAGCAGUUAUGUUGAGACUCUUCUGGGUAAGGGUAGGCAUGGUUGUGGGAGAAUGAUUUACUUAUUUUAUCAGUAGUUUCACUUGUUUGAAGAUUAUUCGGUUUAUCCUAGCUGAUCUAUGUUUACUGGUGUUUCACUUGUUUGGAGUAUUGGGUCUCUAGCUGGAUUAGUUUAACAAGACGAUCAGUUGUGGUAGAUAACGUCGGUUAUAUGAAUUAUAGCUCUUUUAACUA